CCGCCGAAAUCCUCUGUGCCCGCCACCCCUCCUCCGGCGCCGUUCCUCUCCUCCAGAUCUCCCCCGCGCCCACCCCACACAUCGCGCUUUUCCUCCCCCGAGCAUGCCCGCCGGCCCCCGUCCCCCGUUCGCUAGGGUUGAGGUCGUCGGGCCUCCUCCGGCGGCAAGGUGCUCGGCGAGGAGGAGAAGAACGCCGGGAACGUCUCCGCCCGGCCCGAGCUCACCGACACUGGCGCCCCGAGCACCUUCUCCUCAGGCGUCGCCGCCCCGUUCCUCUUAGACUCCGACGCUGCCGGCCACCUGCACCGCCGUCCUCUUCAACUCUUCUGCUUCGUCGAUGGUCGCCACCACGCAUCGAGGCCCAAGGUACUCUAUGUUCUUGUCAACUUCGUCAGUUUGGAGGAAGAAAGACUCCCAGGGACACCUCCAACUAAAUUGCUCAUGGCCAAUUAUCCUCAGCCCACAUAGCACGUAGCACCGACGUGAGGUGAGGAUCUCUGUCUUCCAGGAUAUUAAGUAAACUUUCUGGAUCGACUAACAUGUGCAGGAGGAGUUGGAGGAGGGAGAGUAUGAGGUGGAGGAAUCGGCAAAGGACAUGGAAUGGCCGGUUCUUCAGGAGACCAAAAUCUGGUUGCGUGGGGUGUCCACGCUCCCUUCGCGACCAUAUCCACAUAAGGGGAUCAUUGUUAAACCUGUUGGUGUGAGGGCCUUGGUGGUUAUUCCAGAAGGCACAAUCCCGCCACGACAGCCAAGCACCAUUAUUGGAUGUCUUUGUAGGCAUUAUUACCCCGGCCUACUUCCCAUAGGAGACGGUGAGGAGGAGCCAGCUUGGUCUUGGGAGCACUGGAAACGCACUCCAGAUACGAAAGACAAUUGGGACAGGGAGUACCGCAGUGCUGCUGAGCGGGUGGUCAACGAUUUUUGGGACUUCUUUACUUGCGUUGAGGGUAUGGGGGAUGAAGCUAAUGAGGUCGUGGAGGAGAUUGCCAAGAAGAUUGUCCAAGACAUGCCUUACGAGGCUCGCGUCAAUGCCGUGGUCAAGUAUUUCGCGCAUGAACGCAAGAUGCUUCUUAAAAAGCCGUGUACUGUAAGCCGUGAAAAACACUCGGCUUAUAUAUAAACCGAGUGUAAAACGGCAUAAGCCUAGUGUUUUGGGCACUCGGCUUAUAAUUUUUUUCCUGUAGUGAUAGCUAUCCCGUUGGGCUAUGACGUGAAGGGGUGUUCGUUGCCUUUA